AUAUUAACGUAAAUUAUAUGAUUGUAUAGUAAAAGUAUGCCAGUGUUCGAUGAAGAGCUAAAACCCUUCUUUGUUAAAUGGCUUGAACGAGAGGCAAUUGCAGCCACCAAGAGAGGUUCAAGACUCGCACUACUUUAUAAUAAGGCAUUAGAUCUGUUAAGAAGGCAUAAUGAUCCAAUAACUUGUCCCAAGGAUUUAAAGGCAAUUCGAUAUUUUGGUGAUAAAACCAUUGAAAGUUUAACCAAUUACUUGAGGCAACAUUGUCAAGCCAAUAAUCUUGAAGUACCAAUUGCAUUUACUACUAUAAGUGAAUCUAUUGGACAGAAGAGAAGUAGUGAAUUAUUACAAGCAAGACAAGAAAGACCAUCAAAAGUUCAAAAACAAAAACCAUAUGUUCCUAAACAUCGUUCUGGUGGAUAUGCCAUUAUGAUAGCAUUAUAUAUUCGUGAUAAAGCCCGAAAUGGAUUAAAUAAAGAUGAAAUUAUCAGAAUUGCAACUCCCUUUGCUGAUAGAUCAUUCACAUCCAAUCCAGCAGCUAAUGAUUUCUAUUCAGCUUGGAAUUCAAUUAAAGUAUUAAUAAAGCAUGAAUUAGUUAGUUUUACUGGUCAUGCUCCUAAAAUAUAUUAUUUAACAUCAGCUGGUAUAGAAUUGGCAAAACAAUUAAAAAUAGCAGAAGGUCUUAAAUCUUCGCCAUUAAGAGAAGAACUGGCUCAAGAAAUGUCAUUUGAUAACAAUGUUAGAGUUAGUCCAGAAUCUAGCUUUAGUAAAUCUCUACAAGAUUUAUACAAAUCACCUACAAUUGUUUCUAAAAAAUCUCAAAUACUAGAAGAAUUCAAUGUAAGUACAGGUGAAAGAAGACCAUUAUAUGAUCUUAAACAGAAUAGUCAUUCAAUUCCAAAUUCUUCAUCACCUAUUAGGUCUGAUAUAUUACGUGAAACUCCAUCAAAAUCAUUUGUAGUACCACAUAGAAAGCCAUCAUCUUCUAAAUCAAAGGAUAAUACAGAAAAUGAAGAAAAUGAAGAAAAUGUUCAAGUGGAUGGUUUACAAUCUUCGAUAAAGCAGACGACAUCUCUCCAUACACAUGAUCGUACAAAUAGAAUAUAUGCUGGCAUAAAUUAUGAAAUUUGGAAAAAGGAAGAGUUUGAUGUCAUCUUGAUAGUAGAUAAUCGGGAAAUAAGAUCACAAACAGAAAGGGAUUUUUUCUAUUCAAGAUUAACUAAAUUGGGAAUUAAUAAUGAAAUAAGACCAUUACCUCUUGGAGAUGUUACUUGGGUUGCUAGACAUAAAGUUAGUCAUAAAGAAGCUAUUUUAAAUCAUAUUUGUGAACGAAAGAGAUUAGAUGAUUUAGCUUUUUCCAUAAAAGAUGGACGAUUUCAAGAACAAAAGAACCGAUUAACAAAAUCAGCCAUGAAACAUUGUUAUUAUUUAGUAGAAGAAACCAAUGCAUCAAGUUUUAUUCUGAAUAUGGGUGAUGCACUUCAAACAGCAAUAUCAAUGACAGUAAUGAUUUCUAAUUUUCAUCUAAAGAGAUUUAAAGAUAUUGAUGAAACUAUUGCUUUCUUAGCAGUUAAUACGAGAGUAAUUAAAGAAGAUAUUAUUUCGAAAGAUAAGCAUCUAAUGGUUCUUAAACCAAGAACUAUAGAAAAUCAAAAUGAAUAUUCAAGAAUUCUCAAUACAUUUAGAGAUAAAUUUGAACUUAACGGAUCAAGUAAAUAUGAAUGUGUUCAUUCAUACCCAAUUUUUCAACUGGCUAUGGCAAAAACUGGGAUGAUAACUGUAAAGGAGAUGUUUAUUAUGAUGUUGAUGACUAUUAAAGGAGUAUCUUUAGAGAAGGGUAUAGUAAUUCAAAAUUCAUUUCCUACACCAUCUCAUUUAAUUCGAUUCUACAAAGAAGAAAAUGGUCAUUUGCCAGAAUCAGAAAAGAAAUUACUUUUAAUGAAGCAUUCAAUUAAUCAAGUAGGUAAUAAAAAGAUAGGUAAAGUAGUUCUGGAAAAGAUUUAUGAGAUAUGGGGGGCAUCUGCUUGAGAUUCAUAUUUUUCGCAACCAGUUGCAAUUUCCAAAAAUUUUAUUGUUGCACUAUUUUUCUGUUGCUAUAAUGAAGAAUUAGCGU